UUUUUCCUGGUUACCAAGUUUUUGCCAAUGGUAUCUGCAGCCAUCAGAGCCUCUUCCGAUGUGACCUAAAAAGAAAGCGGUUUUGUGCAAACUGGGGCAGGGCAAAAAACAAAAACAUUUUAUUUUUUUUAGUUUGUUUUUGUUAUAAAGCCAUAAACAUUGAAAGCCCUUUAUGCUCAUAUAGUAUCUUAAUCACUUCACAAUGGAACAAGAUGGGGGAGUUCUAAAUUACACUAUGAAACUUAGGGAGGCUGGGAAAUGCUUUGCUAAAGUAACAAGGUUUCCUUUCAGCCUGUGCAAUCAGUUUUAUCUGUUUACUCUUUUUGAGGAGGCCCAAAUAAGAAAACACUUCAAUUGUUAUUGUCUAUUGUAGUAAGACGUUUCACUGAAUUAAAGGGAGCCCAGUUUUGGGUCCCAAGCCAUAGGUAAAUAGUCAUUGUUAACAGAAUGUGUUGCCAAGCACACAAUUACAGUCAUGCCAGUCAUGAGAGUGAUUUAGCACAGAGGUACACCCCUAUUUGCCUUGCCACCAUUUGUAGUGUUCGGUUUGAUCAGAAAAGCCUUUAUAGAUCGGAGGGGAUGAAAGGUUAUCACACCCAUGUACCCUUGCAAAGAAUCCUCCAAUCCCUGCUUCCCAUUUUCACGGAUAACUUUGAGAUUGUAGCAGACCAAGCGUUAAAGUUACAGGCUCUACUUUUUUGUCAGGUUUGACUAUGUGGGCUGCUUGUUGUAACUGGCUGUGUUUUGAUACAGAACCACAAGAGAUUUCACAGGGUGAUCGAACACAAGCUUUUUCCAAUUCAAACUUCAGGACUGCUCCUCCAGUUUCGGAAAUCUCCUGCAAAGCUUGUGGUAUCCGUUUUGCAGCAUGUGCUAGAAAGAACCCCUGCAUGGAUUGCAAGAAUUACUAUUGUACGGCAUGUCUAAUCCAGGCAAACAAUGGGCAUUCCCUUUGUCAAGUAUGCAGAAGCAUCCGCUCCACAGCCUUUGAUCGAGUUGAGUUGAUGAAACUAAGAGUAAAAGACUUGCGGGAUUACUUAACUUUAAAAGACAUACCCAUAGACCUUUGCCGAGAAAAGGAAGAUCUCGUACAGCUUAUUUUGUUUCAUAAACCCCCAGUUUUUAGUGCCGAUGGGACCAAUGUGCCUACUUCUACAUCUGACCAAAGCACAGCAAAUCAAAGAACAGAUUCUAGCUACACCCCCGGACACCCCCCUUCCAAUACUUCAGCAGCAAACAGAAAUGGUUCAUCCAAUGCCCAGGGCACAGCUGAAGAACAUUUGGUGGAUUCUGACUCAUCAGACCCGGAGGAGAAUCUGGCACCUGGAAGGAGGGCAUCCCUCUCUGAUCUCACUUGUGUUGAUGACAUCGAAGCCCUUUCUGUGCGUCAGCUAAAGGAGAUCUUGGCCAGAAAUUUUGUUGACUAUAAAGGCUGCUGUGAGAAGUGGGAACUUAUGGAACGUGUUACCCGCUUAUACAAUGAACAAAAGGGUCUUCAGCAGAAGGCCGCUGAGGCUGAAGCAGAAGGCAUUCCUGGUACAGCAAGUGAUGAGAAUAUCUGCAAGGUCUGCAUGGACUGCCCCAUCGACUGUGUUCUCCUAGAGUGUGGCCAUAUGGUGACUUGUACCAAGUGCGGGAAGCGCAUGAGCGAAUGCCCCAUCUGCCGACAGUAUGUAGUGAGAGCAGUGCAUGUCUUCCGCUCCUGACUCCCUUAACUGGUUACUAUCCUGCUUGGAACUGUAGGCCUCUUCAGCUGUACAUGCCUUCAGCCAUCUGGAUAUGGAAAAGUUCUUUUGUCCUUGCAACAUGCACAAUAUUAAGGUGGAAUGGCAUUUCUACAUUGCAUUUAGACAUCUCUUGCACUUCUUCUGCAGAAUGUUCUUUCUGGAUUUUGAUCUAUGUCUGAAUGUUCUGUAACCAGGUAUACCAAACUUGCACCAAUUUCAAUAUCUGAUGCAAGCAGUACAGCAGUAGAGCUACAUGUUUGACAUCCCUGAACAAAGUGAAUUCAUAUCCCUGACCCAUACAUAGACUUAAGUGUUUAUCUUCUGUAAGAUAAUGGUGUUUCAGAUGGGCAUGUCAAAGUGCAGGGGAAACAAUCUGAUUUGUAAAACUGUUUUAAUUUGAGCUUAUGUUAUUAAAAGAAGAUUAACAUCAAAAAAUGAAAGUGUUUGGAAGUAAUACAAAUAUAAUGCAGUGUUGCCCUGCACUGGUCAAACUGCUAUUUGCUUCAGAAAUACUAGUUUUGUUAAUAUGAAUAAGCUGCUGUGUAACCAUUUACAGGAGAAAAGCUCAGGUUACACAGCAGAUAGCAGAAAAGCUCUGUAGAACAUAAUGGAGUUACCAGUUAUCCACUAUUUAACCUGUGCCAUAUAGCUUUAGUUUCUGCCAUUGCUACACAGCAGCUUGUGUAUAUGAACUACAGUAUAGUAGUGUUUCUGAAGCAAACACAGCAGUUUUACCAGUGCAAGGCAACAUUAUAUGAUAUUUCCAGUACUAUAAAACACUUUUCACAUUUUUUGGUGUUAAUGUUCCUUUAAGACCCAUGCAAAUCAUACAACCGUUCAGGUGACAUGACCUAUAUAUUUUUCAAAUAUACUUUUUAAAGUUUAAUUGGUGCCUUUCCCUGUUGCCUUAACCUUUGUCAUUAAUGAAGAGCUUUAGGGAGAAAUCGGAGAGGGGAAAAAAUUUUUGUAGUUUGAAAUUAAUAUUUAGCAGUGAGAUUUUUUUUUAUUUUCGUAUUUUGUCUUUCCAUUUUAAAAGCUAGUAAGGUUAAGUGACCACAAUAAGCCAAUGGACAAAGGCAAUACGUUUAUACUGGAAGGACUGGUAAUUGUUCUUAAAAGAUUUUUUUUUUAUUUUGUAUUUGCACUGCAACGUUGUUUUCUUAUUGUGAAAAACAUGUCACUGGAACAAAUGUGUUUCUAAAUUUUUAUUAACGCAUUUAAUUUUCUUAUUUUUUGUUAUUACAGCACCAUUAAGUCAGGGCAUAAACUAUUUCAAAAUGACCAAAGAAGGGCGUUUGUUCCCCUUAUUGGAAGUUAAUAUAUGCCUCCUAGUCAGGUUGGGUUUUUUUUUUUAAUUCAUCACAGACUACCGAGCAAAGUCGGACCAUGGCUUUUAUUUUUAGGAUAGCCGCUCAUAUCUACUCAUAAGGUUUGAUUUUAGCAUCCACAAUUGUUGGUGCCUUUUUUAUGGCUUCCCAGUGUAGUCUGAGACAUGUUGACUUAGUGUGAGUUUUUCGUUCAUAUUUUUGACUUUGAAGCUAGGGCUUUUUUUAAAUAAAGUACCCCCUCUUGUAAAUUAUAAGGAUAUUAUAAGUUACCGAGGAGUUUCAUGACCAUAUAAAAACACAAGGCCGAGUGUUUUUAUACAAGUCAUGGAACUCCAAGGUAACUUCUAAUAUCCUCAUAUUUUGCAACUGAGGGUACUUUAUUUAUUAUAAUACACAAAUAUAUAUAUAAUCUAUCCAUGAUGGUUCCCUUGUUUUUCUUCAGACACCUAUUAUGUAGCAUAUGGGAUAAAUGUAAACAGGGCAGUGCAAAGAAUAAUAAAGCAACAGUCAAUGGUUCUUAACCUUUUUCUCAGGGUACCCAAAGUAUCUUUAACAAUUCGUGUUGCAACCCAGAAAUUUAUCUAGAACCUAACAGUCACCCUGUUUUUAUAGUAGGAAAAACAUUCACAUUAUUUAAUUGAAGAAUUAAGAACCAGCCUUAAUGGCAUGGGGCCCUGUAGAAUCCCUUUUUUUUUUUUCUUUUUUUUUUUUUUAAAGCAUAUUGGCAUUGGAUAGGCACCCCAAUAUUCACAAAGCUUUGUUGACAUUGCCUUGCUUUACUGAAUUACUCCCAUAGUCUCAGGCACUUUUGGAGCAAGUACAAGUUCUAGGAAGCACUUUUUUUUUUUUUAAAAAAAAAAGUUUUUAUAGGAGAAAAUUGGGUCCUUUAAAACGCUGUUAGAAUGUGAUUAAAUUUGUAACGUUUUCAAGUUUGCACAGUAUAAGAACCCGUUUACUAGACUAUGGUACUUUGGUUGCAGACUGAAAAUAUUAGUUAUAGAAACAAUUCAUAUCUAUAUCUGGGAUUGUUGUGUCAUGCCUGGAUUUACGCAUAAUCUAAUCUUUGCAUUUAUUUGCACUAACAAGUGCAAAUAAAUCAUAUCAAAAAUUGGUUCAGCCUAGGCAGUCUUUUAAAGGGACAUAUAUACUUUUGCUUGAUGUGGUUAUUGUUUUUAAUUUUUAUAAAUGUAAAUUUCUGUAGUUUGUCAUGGUGGGAGCAUAUCAGUCAUAUCAACAGACUUGAAUAAUUUAUUUUUAAUAACACUUUUGAGUGCCACCAAAAGAACAAUUUACGUCACCCCAUAACAUGGUUUUGCAACAUAGCAAUUGCUAUACUAUGAGAGGUUAAGCCUCACUAUUGUCUAAUAAUGGACUAAAAUUGACUCCAUAAUAUGACAGUAUGGAAGAAUUUUAUACUACCAUUUAUAAAUUUGAGAAAUUUGUAUUCUUCUUUACUUCUAGACCAAGACAGGGAGUCAGCGUAAUCUUCAUAGUCUUUCCUUUCUUUCACUUAUAGCUAGGGGCCUUAACCACAAAAUGGGCUAUUUCACACAUAUUAAAAGAAGGCUCAGUAAGGUUGUCAAAAUGAAAUGAAAAUUAUGCUUUAUAACCACAGUGCCCAAAGGCUGUGCAGCAUGCUUGUAGUGCAAUGCAAUUUUAACAUUUCUGGCAUGCACAGCCUUUUCGUCAAGUUACUGUGUUCUCUGUUCCGAAUGAUUCUAGUUGGACAACUGAAAGAAGAAUAGUUGAAGUGAGAUGCCAGCUAAUGAUAGUUAUCUGCUUUCCCUAUAAAAUGUGAGCUGAGAAUCCUAUGUGCAAAAUGUACUCUGUACACACACAUCAUAAACCUGCUACAACUUUUCAGUACCUUUAUUGCCUCAAGUCUUUAAAGGUGAGAGGCUUCAACAUAUGUUUUACAAGACCACGCCUUUAACGAUUUGGUGUCUAUAUUUAAUUCAUUCUUAUACUAAUGAGGGCUGUUCAGUACUCUACCAUUCCUAUGGCUCAUGUUUAGGCAACAUGUAUACAAUGGUUCUUACAAUAUAGAACAGUCAUGGUACCAAUAAUACAGAGCCAACAAAUACUUUUGAAGUGCAGUAUCUUCCUAAGGGCUCUUACAGACAAGCGUUUUUAGCUGCACUCCCCUGCGUUCCAGUUUCAUACGUUCAGUCGCAGGGGAACGCAGGAGUAGACGCAUUCAAUUAUUUUCAAUUGGGCUGUACUCACACAGACAUAUAUAAGCGCAGAAUGUGGGUUGGGAUGCAGCAUGUUGCAUUUUUCCUUCGUUCGGCGCUUACAUGCAUCUGUGUGAGUACAGCCCCAUUGAAUAUAAUUCAGUUUGUCUACUCCCCUGCGGCUGAACGCAUGAAACCGGAACGCAGGGGAGCGCAGCUAAAAACGCUCGUCUGUAAGAGUCCUUAAAUUGUGUUAAAGCCACAUUGAGAUAAUGCUGUGUUAUCAGCUGCUUUCAAUAGACUGUUUCUGAAAAGGGCUUUACCUGUAAGCUGGACUCAUGGGUACUACAUUUCCUUUGGCCUUUUCUGCCUUUAAUUCUAAAUAAAGUUUGGCUUGUUAUAAACGUUGGGUGUUCUGGGGUUAUUUUUAAUGAAAGAGGAAUGCUUUUAUUUUAUUUUGUAAUAAAGCUACAAUUGAUUUUAA